AUGCAAUUUGGCCUUUUCCUUUUGUCGUUUGGAUGGGUUUGGGCCAUUGAAGUCAGAGCCCACCGACAUGGAAAAGAAAUUCUUGAUCUUCCCAAGAAGGGCAGCAGACCUCAACGACAGAGGCGGGCUGCUUUUGAGGAAAUUCCCAAACAAGGCAGCCCAAUAUUAAAAAGGAGUCCUGACAUCACCAAAUCGCCACUAACGAAAUCAGAACAACUUCUGAGAAUAGACGACCAUGACUUCAGCAUGAGGCCAGGCUUUGGAGGCCCUGCCAUCCCUGUUGGAGUAGAUGUGCAAGUUGAGAGCCUGGACAGCAUUUCAGAGGUGGAUAUGGACUUCACCAUGACGCUGUAUCUGAGGCAUUACUGGAAGGACCAGAGGCUGUCCUUCCCAAGCACCAACAACCAGAGCAUGACAUUCGACGGCAGGCUGGUCAAGAAGAUCUGGGUCCCCGACAUGUUCUUCGUGCACUCCAAGCGCUCGUUCAUCCACGACACCACCACUGACAACGUAAUGCUGCGUGUCCAGCCCGACGGGCAGGUGCUCUACAGCCUCAGGGUCACGGUCACUGCGAUGUGCAAUAUGGAUUUCAGCCGCUUUCCCCUUGAUACUCAAACAUGUUCGCUUGAGAUUGAAAGUUAUGCCUACACGGAAGAUGAUCUUAUGCUCUACUGGAAAAAAGGAAAUGAUUCUUUAAAGACAGAUGAGAGGAUCUCACUAUCCCAGUUCCUCAUACAAGAAUUUCACACCACCACAAAACUUGCCUUCUACAGCAGCACAGGGUGGUACAACCGCCUGUACAUCAACUUCACUUUGCGUCGCCACAUCUUCUUCUUCUUGCUCCAAACCUACUUCCCCGCCACCCUGAUGGUCAUGCUGAGCUGGGUGUCCUUCUGGAUCGAUCGCAGAGCGGUGCCUGCCAGGGUUCCUCUAGGUAUUACGACGGUGCUGACUAUGUCGACCAUCAUCACGGGCGUGAACGCCUCCAUGCCCCGCGUGUCCUACAUCAAGGCUGUGGACAUCUACCUCUGGGUCAGCUUCGUGUUCGUGUUCCUCUCGGUGCUAGAAUAUGCAGCGGUGAAUUACCUGACCACCGUCCAAGAGCGCAAGGAGAGGAAGCUGAGGGACAGGCUUCCCUGCGCGUGUGGGUUACCUCAGCCCCGGCCCAUGAUGGUGGAUGGCAGUUACAGCGAUGGAGAGGUAAACGAACUGGGACAUUUUGUUUCUGAAAAUGGCGAUAAACCGGACAGGAUGAUGGUGCAGCUGACUCUGGGCCCGGAAAGGAACACCAGCCGGAGGAAAAGCCAGAGGAGCUACGUAAGCAUGCGGAUUGACACCCAUGCCAUUGAUAAGUAUUCCCGGAUAAUAUUCCCAGCGGCGUAUAUUUUAUUUAACUUAAUAUACUGGUCCAUUUUUUCAUAAAUGUUCACCCUUCUCCCUGCUCACUCAAUACACUUAUGGGCCCAAGGAACUCACUCUCUCAAUACCUCAAUUAGUGACAUAAACCGACGGGGGAAGAGAAUCACUUCAUUCAGCCCUGCAAGUGAGAUUUUUGUAAUCACAACUGCUCGCCAAAAUUUUCAACCUUCACUCACUAUUACCGUUGUCAUGGUAGAGGUAUGUCAGCGAGCAAUGGGAACCUGAAAGACACAGUAUCUAAGGGAGGGGAUUCAGAGUUCUAGCUCUAUUAAAAUUAGUCUCCACAGUUCAUUUCUACGGGCCCCUGAAUAUUUAACAUAAAGGCCGAUGGAUGCAUCCGUUAGAAGCGGUGGCUGACAGUGGCAGGGCCAGGUUUAGGCACUGGGGAAGAGGAAGCCCCCUCCAGAACAAAGUUGCCCCUUCCUCAGGAGGGGUUCUUGACUCUCCCCAACUCCCGGGGUUCAAUUUAUCCCAAUGGCAGCCGUGACAACAAUUAACCUCCUGGACAGUAAACACACCUUAGAUUGUAAACUCUUCCAGAAUAAGAGCCAGCAGUUUGACUUUUACGUGCGUUUGUGCACGGGUACGUGCAGUUUGACUUUUAGUGUACGUCCAGUUUGAUUUUUAGUGUCCGUCCCCCAGGACCUAGUACCCUACUUUACAUAGAAUAGGUACUUGAUAGUCAUGAUUAAAGACACCCUGGCUAAAGGGGUCUAAAAACCAUCUGCCCAGGGGAUAAUUUCACCUGGGUCUCUGUUUCGAUUGGGACUUUUUUUUAUAUCUGUCUCCCGCAUUAGAAUGUGAGCUCCUUGUGGGAAGGGUCCAUAUCACUUCCAAAUACUUUACAAAUUUUAGCAAAUUGCACCAAGUGGGCGCUCAAUAAAUAUUACUAUUACUCCUAAUUUAUAGCCAAAUUAUCUGGCUCGGUAUUCCAGGGCCUGAUUUAAGAGAAUAAAAACAGCUCUCACAUUUCCAUACCCCCUUCCACCCCUGUUUGAUGGACCCUGAGCCAUCCCUUUCUCUCCAACGAGCCUCUCUCCUUAAAGGGAGGGACUCCCUCUGACCUGAGGAGAACAGCAAUCCAGAAGCCAGGCGUGAUCAAGAAGGGUGAUUAGUGAUUAAUUGAUUAGGUGAUUAAGUGAUUGGCAGAAGUCAUGGAUGGAUUCAGUAAGGACCCUGAGCAGGGCCCUGUUCAGCUCAAAUGUUCAUAGUUAAGGAGACCUCAAGAAUAGCAAGCAAUAGCAGUGAUUCUAAUCCUGACUCUGCCACUAGUCUGCUGCAUGACCUUGGGCAAGUUGCAUCACUUCU